GGUCGACUGACACACCGGCGUAACUAAAGCAAAAACAUUGAAUUUGUAUUGUGAUAAGGAAGAAAGAUGGAUACAGGCACUGGGGAUCACGGUAAUAAUUCCCAGAAAAGUGUGGUGGGUGAAAUUGAGUUCCAAGUGUCCCAAGUGAUUGGACGGCUAGAGGAGGCUGUAGAGGGCAGAACUACAGUAGCGCCCCCCCAAGCCCUCCCAGGUACCUUGCCUACACGCACCGAUGAAGACAUCUUCACCCAGCUGGAGGCAUUGUUGGUCGAGGUCACACAGGAAGAGGGAGGUGGAGAUCUACCCGAGUUGAAUGCAGCAGCCAGCCUUGCACUCGUUUGCCACUCUGUCUCUGUGUUUGCCUCAGGACUCGAGCGCAGCCAUUUGCAGCAACUGACAUCAAGGAUAACAGCAGAUACCAAUAAGUGGCUUUCUCAGCUGUUCAGGUUGGGUGACUGUGGUGUAUGUUACCAUGAGGAUCAGUUGGAAGGUAUCGUGCGUGUUACACGCAGUCUGCUUCAUGCCAAGUACACCCAUUACAUGCAAGAGGGCUAUGAGGUCCUCAAAAGCAAGCCUCCAGUGAUCUACAGUAACAUCGCUUCUCCUCUCGGCAUUGUCCAGCACAUCUGUCGUCAGUUGGGUCUGCCUUUGCACUGUGUACGAGCUGUGCCUUCCACAACACUGUUUGCUGGACAUAAGAUGGAUGUUGCAGCUUUGGAGCGUCUCGUGGAAGAGGACAAAUCAGCUGGAAGACUUCCACUCAUAGUGUUAGCUGAUGCAGGAAUGCCAAUCGCUGGACAUGUAGAUAACCUGACAAGACUACAGGAGGUUUGUCGUAAUCAUGAUCUGUGGCUCCACCUGAGAGGCCACUCGCUCGCUGCACUCGCUCUUACAGUGCCGUCCAACUCACCUCCAAGGAUCUCUGACAGUGCAACUCUACCUGUGUCUACAUGGCUGGGUGUCCCUGGCCUACCAUCUGUUACCUUGUACAACCCAGCUGGAAUCACAGGAGCUUCCCUUCUCUUGGAUCAUCCAGGUAGAAGACUACAUGCAUUGCCUCUUUGGGCAGUCUUACAGAAAAUGGGCCAAGGUGGAAUCCAAGACCGGAUUAGGGAAGCGUUUGAGUCUAGUGAACAGCUGUGGAGGCGGCUUAUCAAAUAUCCCUGCCUACGAAUGCUGAGCCAACAACCAGGAGGGGAAGGGGGAGUUAUAACUGUGGCAGAUGUCAUAGCCAAACCUGUCAAUACAAAUCUUUUAUUUGAGGUUGUUGCCAGCGCAGUUGUUUUCCAGUUUGUGCCUGAAGGCUGCCAGGACAGGGUGGCACCUUAUUAUGACAAAUUAAAUUCUUGGCUUGGUCAGAUAUUGCAGAGAGACGCUCCGCAGGUCCCUGUGGAGCUGUGUGAGCUGGAACACUCUGGAGUGGUGUUGCGUUACUGUCCCCUUGAGGCUGUCUCCAUCCCCACACCGGCCGACACGGACACCUUUGUCAAUUGUUUGGACCAACAGUUGGAAAUUCUAUCAGCGACGGUAAGUCACAAGGAGACGUUCCAGCAACUGGUAACUGCGUCAUGCCGGCUAUGCCUGGUGGAGAUGCCUGGCUGGGCCGGACUGGGAGGUGUCCGUUACAUCCCUCAGGGCUGGGAGAGUCUACUGCUGACUGACCAGGCUAAGGAGGAACUGAACCGACUGAACAUCCAGAUGGUGGACAGGCUGCGAGCUACAGAUGCUGCUUUCUCCCUUGGUGAGGGGACGGACGGACUGGCGUGUGUCAGGUUUGGGAUGGUGACGGCCGACACGGAUGUGGCAGAGUUGCUUGGACUAGUGGAGAGUGUAGGGAAGCAGGAAGAAGACAGCUGGAAGUUCAUAGACACCAUGGCUGAGGUUGUCAAGAAAGGUAUUGAGACGGCUACACUCGGUUUACAAAAAGAGAAUGAGGAGAAGCUGUGGCAGGACGGGAUACUGCGGCAGGUCCCUGUGUUCGGAUCUCUCGUAAACUGGUGGUCUCCCAACAAUAAGGAGGGGGCUGGUAUAAAGGGGCGGAGUCUGGACCUAACUGCAGGUGUCGUAGCUUCUACAGAGAAUAUCUACAAGUACCAUAUGCAGGGAGUGACAACACUGGGAAACAAAGGACCUCCAGAACCACUGGUGCAGACUCCUGUGGCAGGACAUUCCAGGACACCUUCUGUCUCGUCACAACAAAGUAACGCAAACACAACUCACUAAAUUACCUGUACACAACAACGAAGAAAUCACAUUUUUGUAAAUUUUCAAAAAUAACAGAUUUAAACCUUUUAAUAUUUUGAUUCACAGAUGGUAUGAUGAUCUCAUGAGAAUUAGAGGAAAUUACUCUUUUAGUGCAGUAUUACAGAUAUCGACAAAUUUUAGUGUGCAUGAAUAGUGAGGGGUUUCCCAUUCAAAGAAUUUAAAUGAUGGUGCAAAUUUAUAGGAGUUGAAUAUACAUUUAGUUUAGAAGCGAAUGUGUAGUUGAUGUUUUUAAACAUUAGAGGAAAUCUGUUAGAAAAUUGAAGAGUUUGUACAUGUUGUAAUAUUAAUUAUUGUUUAUAUUGUCCACUUUCAACUUCAAUGAUUGGAUUUAAGAAAACUUGCUUGUGAUAGAUGAGAGUAGAAUUAUAAACACUUUCUGCUGUGUAAAUAAUGAAUUUUUGCAGCAUCAUAGCAAUAGAUGAGUAAAUUUUUUAAUUUAAAUGUAAAAGCGUGUAUUGCUACACAGUUGCUUUAAUAAUCCUUUUCAAAAUAUUGUGAUAGAUUAUGGGAAUGUAUAGAUUUAUUUAUUUUUCAUUGUGGGCUUAUUUUGAUAUUUAUUGAUGUUUAUUUUGAUAUAAUUUUUAUUAAUGUUAACAAUAAUUACUAAGCACAAAUAUUAAUGAAUAGCAAUGAUAUAUUGUAAUCAAUUUGAUAUUUUUAUUUGUUUUGUUUGUAUGGUUAUAUUGAGGUGCGUAUUGAACUCUAUAAUUGCAAAUAAGAAGAUCUAAGCUAUUGCUUAAUAUAAUUAACACCAAGGAUUAUCAUUGGAGCACAUUUAGAUAUCAAGUAAUUAAUUUACAAUAUUAACAUACACGUUAUACAUGCUAUGUAUGUUUGUAAAUAUUUUUAGUUUGUAUACCAAAGAUGCCUGUAAUUUAUUAGACUUAAAUUAUUUACUAAUAAAAUAAAAUUUAUUACAAACUG